CAUCAUCGCGCGACAUUACACCAACUGAACUUUAGACCACCCAAAGAACGAAUACGCUUGACAUUUAUCUGAUGUGUCAAACUCCCAAAAGAACGAACAUCAUAACGCUGAAAAAAACUCUGUCCGCUGGUGAAGUACACAGUGUUGUUCCAUCCGAAUGUGUAGAGGAUGAGCGGCAUUGAAGCUGAGCUGGUGAAAGAGUUUCUGGACCGUUCAUCCAGAGGAGACGUGGAGAAGGUUUGUGUCAUGAUGUCUCAGUCCAGUGAGCUGAUGGACCAGAGAGGAGAGACGGGCUGGACCGCACUGAUGCUCGCCGCCAGACACGGACACUAUGAGCUGAUCAAACUCUUACUGUCUAAAGGGUGUGACACAACCGCAACAAACAGGUCAGGUCAGACGGCUCGAGACGUGGCUCUGUUUUGGGGUCACAGACACAUCGCCCGUUUGUUGUCCAGCAGCUGGGACGGCGACGUUCAUCGCGUUCUGCCUGAAAGAGAGACUGAAGAGCCGGAUAUCUACUUUAACAGAGACAUUCUCAACAGAAUGAGCGAGAAACGCACAGACUCCGAGUGGCUCGCUGCGCAGCGAUCUUCUGCACGCAGCGUUUUCAUUCUCUUUCACAAUCUGAAUCCUCUGGUGUCGCCGCGAGCAGAAGACGCGAGCGAGGGCGAGCCAAACGUGAGACUGUGCAAGCUCAGAGCCGGCUCUGUGGAGGAGCUGUUGAGACAGAGCGAUACCGUGGUGGUUUUCUUGGGGGCUGAGAAGCAAGAGAGACGCGUGGAGACCGAGGGAGACGAGCUGGUCACCUGGUUCGCUCUGAACACCCAAGACGAUCCCACGAAACUCAUGGAAGCAAAAGAUCCGAACGCUUUCUUUCUGAAGGGGCCGAUGCCCGGACUCCUGCUGCUCGGUGACAGCGACGCAGGUGUCAUCGCUCAAGCGCGCUCCGUCCUCGCGUGGCACAGCACAUACAGCUUUUGCCCGACGUGUGGAAGCAAAACCCAAGUAGAAGAGGGAGGCUACAAGAGGACCUGUUUGAGAGCAGGCUGCAGAAGUCUCCAGGGCGUCCACAACACCUGCUAUCCCAGAGUUGAUCCUGUGGUGAUCAUGUUAGUGAUCCACGCCGACGGGAAUCAGUGUCUGCUGGGACGCAAGAAGAGUUUUCCUUCCGGAAUGUUCUCGUGUCUCGCUGGAUUUAUCGAAGCAGGGGAGACGGUUGAAGCUGCCGUGAGGAGAGAGGUUCUGGAGGAGAGCGGUGUUCUGGUGGGUCCGGUUCAGUACCAGACGUGUCAGGCGUGGCCGAUGCCGUCCUGUCUGAUGAUUGGCUGCCACUGCGUUGCUCUGACGAGUGACGUCAAAGUGGAUCAAAAUGAAAUCGAAGAAGCUCGCUGGUUCACACGAGAACAGGUGAUCGGCGCGCUGGUCAAAGACAAACAUGCCGUGUUCAACUUUCCACCCAAACAAGCCAUCGCUCACUAUCUGAUCAAACACUGGAUGGGCUUUAACGCUAACCUCUGAAGGCAUGGAUUUCAU